AUGUCUUCCAAGCUGUUAUCGCAGCAUCCUGUAAUAGGACCCUCUACUUUUCCUCUGUCCAAAUUUUCCUUCGCAACUGUAUCUGGAGAACUGGUAAAGCCUAUUCCAUGGACACACAUCCCUGACAAAGGACAUCUAUAUGCGGUCUUCGAGACUGUGGCGGUGUCAGACUAUAGCGGUAAAGUGGAUGAGAAGAGCCAAUUCAAGGUUCUUGCCGAGCCUGAAGUCUUGGAGGAUCUCGAUCUCAAAGCUCUGGGUCGUGAGGCUGUGAACGCUGCACACGAGAUGAAGACACUGUCACCACCAUCAAAAUUCCCAACAGUCACGGUCAUCAUCCAAGAGCCUUGCAUAGCUGUUCGGUUUCCCUUGCAAUAUGGCCAGAUUCGACGCUUUCAAAUGAAGUUCAGGCUAGCAUCUGACUUCUACAAGGCCUUAGCCCUAUUUUCUCAAGCAGGAUGUCCCUUCACGCAAGCAGGAGCACUGGCAGCACAGCCGCCCAUGGUCCGUCCCUUUAGCGCUUCUUCUGUUGUUGUUCCUGUUACUAGGGUCUGUCAGUCAAUGGAGACUCCGAAGUCCGCUUCUUCCACAGCCGAUUCUGAUGAGAGCACUUUGGUGCCCAGCCUCGAUUUAACAAGGCAAUCAUCAAGCAGGCCGUCUACAUCUUCGAGCACCAAUUGGAAAUCUGGGGCAGCAGUCUCCAAGGAUCCUACAUCGACUUAUGAUAUCAGUAGAGGCCCGGCUUAUUCGGAGAAGCCCGCAGUUUCUCAGUACUUCCCAAGAUCGAGUUUAUCAUCAGCAAUCUCAAACACUGUCCAUAACCAGCACGAGAAAAGCAGCACCGCUCAGGGUGAAGCUCCAAGGAACUCCACCCUGCCAUUUGCAUCAGAUCCGAUCACAGCAGGUACUAGUACGGCACUCAGUAGCCGAAAUAGCUGCUCGCAGCUAGGCCAUGGAUCGAUAGCGUCCAGGCCCUCAACAGCGCCUACUUUGGAGUCUCAACGAAUAUCGCAGAUGCUGCCGCCUAAGCGUGAACUGCCCUUCAAAAUACCAAGAGCCACGUCGGAAGCCAGUAGGAAUAUCAUGAGGAGUGACCAAACAAGUUCUAGUGCAAAGGCUGGCAGUUCUGACAGUGCAAAUACGUCUGGCACACCUAGACAACCUGGUGCGAAAGGUGCUACGAGAACGAGCCGAGCAACAAGAGAUUCUGCUUCUGGGUCACGCUCAUGCAGAAACCCUGCUGUACCUGAAAAUGAUUCACCGGUUCCUAGCGCCAAAGACAUUCUUCGUCGCUCACAAAGGCUAUCUCAAAAGCAAGCUGGCAUUAAUUGCACUGAUACCGAGAGUACGAAGAUUUCGGCACCCCUGGAGCUCACCACCAAAGACGAAUUAAGGCAGGCUUCGGACACCAUGGGAUGUAACAAAGCCAUUGCCAGAGGUAAAGGUCAUGCGGAACAGCCCGAACAAGACCUGGCCGCACCUCAGUACACCAAUAUUGACACUCAGGAUCUAUUGGCUCGCGUCGACGAACGUCAACGACUACAGAGAUCUAAGCGAAAUGCUGCCCUAGAAAACUGUGGAAAUUCGACUACGCCUCCAUCCAAACGCAUUGCCACCGGAGUCCGUCCGGAUCUGGGGGCUAUUGCGCCUCCUAGUAGCGGAGUUUUAAUGCCAGUGAGUGAUUUACCAAGAGCAGCGACAGGAAGUGGAAGUAGAAGUUUAGGUGACAGCAGCCUUGGAACAACUCCUGCGUUGCCUAGGGCAUUGGAUGUGAAUACUGUCCAAGAUUAUGAUUUUCAAGAAAAUGGCGGAUUACCUCUAUCAGCACAAAAGCCAGCCGAUGAAUUACCUAUGGGACCCAGCGAUAGGGGUGUGCUCGGAUCCUCCGAAAGACAAGCGUUGGCCGAUAUCUCAUCAAACGUAGGGGCGCAAAGGAAAACCCACCUUGUUACCAGCGAUGCUAUGAUGGCACUGAUGAACGAUCCAAACUUCGCCAAGUCGCCGGAAAUUGCGCAAUGGGCAGACCUACCUCAAGAUGAACGAGAAGCAGCUCUCGAAACAUGGAUGUGUCACCAAUUAGAGAGUGAGAGCUUUGCAACAUUGUUGAAGACCCUGGAAGGAAUGUGGCAAAGGCUUUUCUUUGGUCGAUGA